GGCGGGAGAUGAAUAACAGCAAAUAAUUUCAAUUUAAUUCUUAAUUACUACAGAUUUCCAUUGCUACGUACUAAAUAUUGUGAAACAAAAGAUAAAAAUAUACAACUAUUUUCAUUUUACGAUAAUUUAAUUGUAUACAGAGAAUGGAGGAAGAUAAGCAAGACGGUCCGUUUGCAGUAUGGCAAAUGUUUAAUUCUCCUAUAAUGGUCUUGUUUAAUAAUUUAGAACAUGCUGAAGAUGGUUUGGAUCGACUGCUAACAUCUAUAUUAAAACUAUCCGGAGAUUCUUCAGAAGUAAUUGUUCCUCGAGCGGGCUUCUCAAAUACGUUAAACUCUUAUUAUUCUGCAUUUAAUACAUGGUUAAUUGGAAGACUCUUUUAUAUUUGUUCAGUAAAGAAACUUAGUCGAUUACAUGAAACUAGCAUUGGAGCUCAGCUGAAAAUUUUAAAUAUUUUGUGUAUAAACAGAGCACAGUUUCAUGAAAAGUUAAUUUUUGAGUAUUAUUCAAUUAUAAAUGAACUUAUUGUUUAUUAUCUUAGCUACAGUGAUGAAAUGGAAAGUAAAGUAGAGUUGAAAUACUUUACACCUGAUCGAGUACAUAUUCCUCAAGUGCAACUUAAUUUGGAACCAAUCUAUGUUGUUAUUGCUAGUAAUGAUGUUUGCACGACAUUAAUCAACUUAGUUUUACAGCUUUUAUCGGAAAGUAUACCACCAUGUUUAAUGUACAUGCACAUGUUUAAAUCUAAAACAAAUGAUUUGCUUAUGAAUGUAUUGAAUUUAAUGGAAAAAUGUAGUACUAAUGUUAAACUUGUAUGUUUAAAUUUCUUUGAAAAGUUACUCAAACAUAUUAGUAGUGUGUCAAUUAUUACAUUCCACAAAGACUACCCAACUGUACAAAAAAAAUUAUUCAGUAAUAUUGAAGUAUUUAUUCAAUCUUUAAACAUAUUGUAUGAGAAGUGUGAAGUAAAUGAUGAGUAUAUGAGUGAUGCAAAUUGUAUAAUAUUAAAAUUAUUAAAAAUAUUAAAGUAUGGAGACAACUAUGAACAGAGUAUAAUGGUAUCUGUUAUUUAUUCUGUGUUAAAUAAAUCAAAUGAAAAGAUCUUCUCUAAGGAUUUGAAGAUGUACUGUUUAUUAUUAAGUAAAUAUGUUGAGAUACCCAAAGAUAUAAUACAACUACAAAACAAGGACGCAUCUGAAAUUGAAAUGCUAAUUGAGUGCUAUUUGAAUAAAAUAGUAAAAACUGUCAAAAAUGCGGAAAAGUUACAAGAAAUUUGGCAUUAUAAGGAAGUAAUUAAAUGCAUUGAAUCUUUGAAUAUUUGUGAGAACACAGCUAUGGAUGACUUUCUUGUGUUACAUUACUUCAGUAGAACUUUAGUUGCACUAAAAAUUCUACAUUAUGCUGACAUUGAAAUUUCAGAAGAUAUAAAUGGUGGUUAUAAAUUGCAGUUUAUAACAAAAGAUUGUGUUAUAAGUUUAUUAAAUACUAUUACAAGGAUAGUAACAACACGAAAAAGUAUGAUACUAAUGAAUGAAAACAUUUUGAAAAUAAUUUUGGAUGUUAUUUUAUAUACUUUAUUGUUAAAUGGAGACUUAACAAACAAUGAAAUAAAUAAUGUUCUAAAAAUAGUUUGCCUUGAAACUGAUCACAAUUUUUCUGAAAGCCGUAUAUUAUCUCAUAGUGAAACAAUUAAAAAGUAUAUUUUGAGGACUUUAUUAACACUUAAAGUCAUUCAAUCAAAUAAGCUUAACGAAAAUUCUAUUAAAAUUAUUUUAAAUCUUUUAAAUGCAUUCCCAAAUAAACCUCGACAUAUUGAUCUCAUUUAUAUGUGUCCAUUACUGCUGGCCAGUAAGACAUAUUCAACCAGCAAACUGAUUGGUGAAAUUCUCAUGCCUGCAUUUCUUUCAAAGGAUACAGAGUUACAGAAUGCUAUCACAGAAGUUCUACCAAUUAUUACUUGUAUGUCUCUUGGAGCAUACAGUAUUGUUGGGUCUACUAAUUUGUCGUGGCCUUCUGUGUUGCCCAAUGAAAAUAUCAAUAUUCGGGUGCACUGUAGGCAAUGUCAUUCUAUUAAAAAUCAUAAGUCUAGUUCAAAAACCAAUUUUACAAAGAAGAUAAUAUAUUCUGAGGCAAAUACUGUUGUAACGACCAAUUCAUCAAUGACCCAUUGUAUUAAAACAUUACUUGGAAAAUUUCUUAAUUUUUCACAAUAUUCAGAAUUAGAUGAAGCUGAAUAUUGGAAACUUAUUGGUAAAUUAAGCAAUCACUAUUAUGUGUUUAACUAUGGAGUUGCUAAGAGCAUUGUGACCGACAAUAAUACCAGGGAUAUAUUGAAAGCAUUGAAGCCUAUUAUUGAAAUUUCACUAGUUGAUGAAAGCUUUGAUACAAGUGUUAAAGACGAAGCAUUUGAUUUGUGUAUAAAUAUACUUCUAAAAUCAACGCAAAAAAGCUUGGAAAGUAAUGAUUAUGAUUAUCAAUCUCAAACUUGUGAUAAUAUUAAAGAAUUUGGAUUAUUUGAUAACAAGAAAAUACUUUUACCAGUUACCAAACUGCUCGUUUAUUACAUUAUGCAACCACAAUGCUCUCUGUCACCCAAAGCGGCCGUAUAUCUGAGAGAGGUGUGUGAGCGACAAGGACACACUCCCAACCAGGCUUAUCAUCGGUAUAAAAAGGAUUAUUGUAAGCUUUUCGUUAUCUGCAGUCUUAAUAAUGGAAAAUAUUUUGCCAUAGCGCUCCUUAAAGUUGUGAGAGCGUUUGGAUUUGUUGGCUACAGAGACUUCAUAUCAAAAGAUGUUCACCAUUUCUUACCGUAUUUAAUGCCUUAUUGUGUGACCGUUAAAGAAGUAACAUCAAUGAUACAGGAAAUAGCUUCAUUGGUUCAAUGUUCUGAAUCUGAUUUUUUGAGCGAACGAUUUCCUCAUAUCUACGUUCAUGUGUAUUUAACCGAAGACAAGGAAGUAGGAAAAAAAUGCUUUGACAUCAUUGAGAAGAUUACGAAAACAUCGAUUUUGAGUUUAAUAAAGAAACAUUUCAGAGUGAUUCUUACGGAAUUUCUCUUGCAGUAUUGUUGUAACCCCGGGAAAGUAUUGAAUGCCUGUCGCUAUUUGGCCUGCAAUGAUCCCGACAGUUCAGCAUCUGUAGGUAGCAUGAGUAUGGGCACAUCUCAAAUAGCAGAAUUCUUAAAUCCAAAAUUCUUAGGUGUUUUGGCAUAUUUUGAUCAUAAAUUGGUCAAUGCAAAGGUUGCGUUGUCCGUUAAGCGUAAGGCGUUGCAAAGUUUCCCGGACAUAAUGCAGUUGAUGGGCACAAAAUAUUUGACACCAUUAAGGUACAAAGUGCUCGCUACUCUUCGAUCAGCCCUUCCAUUAGCGAGAGAGUUCCCCAAGGUCGUUGCUGAUGCUUGGGCUGCAUUUAUUCACAACAUUGACACCAUCGCACUUGGCCCAAUAUUGUCCAACUUGACUGUGUCAUUGUUACAACAAAUUUCACAUGCCCCACACGAAAUCAAUAAAAUUUUUAAUUACUUAGUAAUUCAAAACGAAAAUCUGCUUAGUUCUUUUAUAUCAGAUUUAUUCUUUAUGGUAAAUGCAGAUGUUUCUGAGAAAAUAAAAAAAGUGAUUCGAAGACACGUUAGAAGAACACAGCCUGAAGCCUUUUUAGAUAAAAUAAUGUGGUAUUUGAACCAUUUGAAAAAAGAAAUACCAAGUAUAAAAGUGUACGUAUUCACCGAUUUGGAAAAAUUAUUAAAAUGUAAUAGAAGCGAAAUACACAAGGCUAUUUUUGGAGGCAAAAAUAUAGAUCCUGUUAUGGUGGAAUUAAUAGAGUGCUUAUUAACUGGUUGCAAAGAUUCUAACAGUGAAGUGAGUAUAGCUAGUGGAGGUUGUUUGGGUCAGCUGGGAGCGAUAGAGGCGGGAUACCUCCCUCGACAAUAUGUUCAACCUGAUCGAACUCCUUUCGCGUUCUCAAUCAGCGAUAGUUGUUUUGCUGCGACAGCCCUGACGGAACUAACUAGAGCAUUCCAAUAUGAAAAGGAUACAACCAACAUGGACUGUUAUGCUCUAACAAUCCAAGAAAUUCUGAAGAUAUAUGAUAUAUCGCCAACAGGCAGCAAGAGAGAACUUUGGGACAGUUUCCCGGAAAACAUGCACCAAAUUAUGAAUCCUCUGCUCAGUUCAAGAUAUACUUUGGCAUACCCAUCACAGCCAAAAAAAAUUCAUCCACUUUUUGGCACCCUCCACGCAACAACGUUCUUGGAAUGGGCAAACAACUGGGCUGGUCAGUUGAUACCCCUCAUAGAGUCGGACACUAUACGUGAGUUGUUACGGACGGUACACCCCAGUAUGAGGCGUGACGCACGGACCUUGUUUCUAUUCCUGCCCUACGUGCUAUUACACGCGGUCACGUCCAAGAGUAACGUGCACUUUAUUCAAGAAGAAAUGUUGGCUGUCAUUAAUGCUAGUGUAGAUCACUGUGAAAACAAUAUAGAGAUGACGACUGAAAGAUCCAAAUAUAAAUUACUGCGUCACAUUAGAAUGACACCUAGUCUUAAUUCUGUUCAGGCUGAAGAAGGAAAUGAGAGCAAAUGCAGUAAAACAGUUUAUUGUUUGCUUGAUUUCUUAAAUAAAUGGCUACUGGAGUGGACACACUCCAAGCAGCGGCCGCUAGAGAAUGACAACUAUAAGGCAAUUUCAAGUUUUUUAGAUACAUUUGAUAAAUUGGCAAUUGCAAAAGGAAAUUUCGCAUGUGGUGAACUUGAGCGAGCCUUGCAAUACUUGGAAAUAUACAUGGAUGAGGAUAAAGAUAGGAUUCAAGGACAACUCUCGUUUUUGGCAGAAAUUUAUGCUUUAUUGGAUGAUCCCGAUGUGGUGGCUGGUAUUCUAUCAAUUAAAAGAUCAGAACCAUCUCUCAAGGAGUUGAUACUAGCUCAAGUCGUAACUGGUCGGCUGCAGGACGCAGCCCUCUGUUACGAACGAUUGGCGCAAGAGGGACAAAUGGACAGACAUAGCUUACAGGGAAUGAUAGAAUGUUACCUGGGCUUAGAUCAGCCGUUCACCGCGCACCGUCUGUGGAGUGAACACGAACUGAAUGACAGCCUCAAGGAGCUGUCGGCCGAGCCACUGUGGAGGCUGGGGCGGUUCGAACAACUGGAAGAACUUGUUAACAAGCCUGUCCCCCCGUCCCGUGACAACUGGGGUCUUCUGAUGGGACGUAUAUUGCUGGCGUACCGUAAACAAGAGCACGAAGUGUUCCAGACGAGUUGUUCGGAUGCUAUGAGUCGACUUGUUGUGCUCAUGGACGGGGAGGGCCGCGGCGAGAGUGCCCUGCGGAGUGACUACCAGAGUGUGUUGGGCUCGCAUAUUGUGUCUGAGGCCGAGCACACGGAACAAGUGUACUGGAAACUCAAAGAUUUAAAAGACGGAGAUCGACUGGCAGAGAAUAUUAUCAAUCAGCUGUUAGACGAAUGGCGACAAAGGCUCUCUCUGGUUCAGUCGGAUGUUAGAACUAUCGAGCCUUUAUUGAGAAUUAGAAGAAUCUUAUUACAACAGACUCAGGAGCUGCUGGAACCAACCCAUCCAACAACUUCAGCCAAACUGCGAGCUUGUAUUGGCGACCUUUGGCUGCAAAGCGCCAAACAUGCGAGAAAAGCUGGCAUUUUUCAACAGUCAUACAUGUACAUAUUGAACGCGGAAGAAUAUAGACCAGAGCAACUGUUCAUCGAGAAAGCUAAAAUGUAUUGGGCUCGCGGCCAACAGGAGCCCGCGUUCACCACGCUUAAGAGAGGACUUGAUGAAGAGUACCCGGAGAUAAAAAGACUUAAUGAAGAACAGAGAAAAAAUUGCGCCAAAGCCAAACUCUUAAUUGCGAAAUACAACGACGAGACUACAAAUGUCGAUGUUGACGUUAACAUCCGUUAUUACGAAGAAGCAGUUGAUGUAUUCAAGCAAUGGGAGAAAAGUUUGGUGUGCCUUGGAGCGUUUUACGAGAAAGUGAGUAGCAGUGAUGUGACAUCAGAUACCGGAGCGAUGUGGACUCGUCGAAUAUACGCUCUCAACAGCUACGGAAAGGCUUUGCAAUAUGGCCACAAGUACUUGUAUCAAAGCAUGCCGAGAAUGCUUUCAAUUUGGUUGGACGUGGAAGUAAGCAACUCGGACACCAGUAUACAUUCCGUACUCGCUCAGAUGACUGAUAUUAUAAAGACGUACUCUGACAGGCUGCCCAUACACCUCUACUUGACUGCGUUCUCGCAAAUCGUAUCCAGAAUAUGUCACCCCGUUAAAGAAGUAUACCAACAACUGAAGGCGAUAAUUGUGAAGUUGAUACUAGCGUACCCCCAGCACACGAUAUGGAUGAUGAUGUGUGUGAUCAAGUCAGGGUACCCGCAGAGGAUCAAACGAUGUGCCGACGUGUUCGCUGACCCCAGGCUCAAGGAACCGCGCGUGCAGAAGAUGAUCGGGGACUUCAGACUGUUAGCGGAGAAACUGAUCGAGCUCUGUAACAAACCCAUCGCGGGGAGCGGCUCUGUCGUUACAGUAUCAUCGCUCGUGCGGUCACUACCGAGCUUGUUAUCGUCCGACAACUUCAGUCACAUCAUGAUGCCGUUCCAAGAGUUCUUCAAGAUCGUGCUCCCAUCUAAAGCGGCGAGACAAGAGCGUAUCGACUUCAAUAUUCCGACCGAGCCUCUAGUUUAUAUUGCGGGCAUUGAAGAACAGAUACAAAUACUACCUUCGCUACAAAAACCAAGGAAAGUUACGCUUAAAGGUUCUGACGGCAAAUCUUACAUUAUUAUGUUGAAACCCCGUGACGAUCUUCGUAAAGACUUCCGUUUAAUGGAAUUCAAUGGAGUUGUGAAUAGAUUCUUACAAGACGCACCCGAGACCCGGCGGCGACGGCUCUACAUCCGGACUUAUAGCGUGCUGCCGCUCAACGAAGAGUGCGGCCUGAUCGAAUGGGUGCCGAACCUCGUUGGCCUGAGACCUGUACUCAUGCAUAUUUAUAAACAGAAGGGAAUCCCAACAAGCAAUCGCGAGCUCAGAGAGAUGAUGUGUUCCAACAACGACCCGGUCGAGAAAAAACGUCGGAUAUACGAACAACAGCUGCUGCCUCGACAUCCGCCGGUCUUCCAGGAGUGGUUCCGUAGAGUGUUCUCUGAUCCCUAUGGGUGGUACCAGGCACGGUCGGCUUACACCAGGACUACAGCUGUUAUGUCAAUGGUCGGAUACAUACUCGGAUUAGGUGACCGGCACGGCGAGAAUAUUUCGUUCGACUCAACGAACGGUGACACGGUUCACGUGGAUUUCAACUGUUUGUUCAACAAGGGUGAGGCGUUCGAGUGGCCGGAGAGGGUGCCCUUCCGCCUCACUCAUAACAUGGAGGCGGCUAUGGGGCCGCUCAAAUACGAGGGGAUGUACAGAAAGAGCUGUGAGGCCGUGAUGCGUGUGCUCCGGGGCCAGACGGCGGCCCUCAUGUCGGUGGUGGGGCCGUUCGUGUACGACCCGCUGGUGUCGUGGGGCCGCUCGCGAGUGGAUCACCCCGAGAGGACCAACGAGCUGGCGCUGCAGCACCUGGCACACAUCAGACAACGACUCAACGGCAUGGUGAAAACGAAAAAUAAACAACUGUCCGUGGCUCUGUCACCUGAAGGUCAAGUGGAGCAUUUGAUCGUUGAAGCGACGAGCGUUCACAACUUGUGUCAGAUGUAUAUUGGCUGGGGACCCUUCUUAUAACUUUAUUGAUUAUUACACGUACGAUGGCUCCGGGACUGUUUUUAAUAGAUAAUAUAUUCAAAGAUCCCUAUGGUACGUCAGCCGGACAUUUGGGCAAAACAGGAUUUACUAACAAAAUUCGUGAUAAACGCUGAGUAUAAACCUCUGAAUGGCAAGCAUUUGUUAUUUAGCAUACGAUACUUUUGAUUGCUGAUUUUUCAAGCCUGGAGGUGACGUCACUAAGAUGGCGGGCUGGUUCCAUCUUAUCGCGCGGGGAUUAUACGACACAUUUUAAUAUUAUUAUUAUGAAGCUGUUAUGCCUUAAAAAUUCGAUUGCUAUGAAAAGAAUAAGUAAUGUUCCAACUAUGCGUAAAAUGGAAAGUACUACCUUGUUUAAUUUUGUUUUUACACAAAUGUACUUUGUAGGCGGUACUAACAAUAUUAAGUGUGUGUCAGACAUUACGACCAACUCUAAAAAGAUCGAUUCUAAGAAGAAUGUGAAUAUGUUUAUAGAAAUCUACCUAAGAUUGGUCUGAAUAUACCUAUAUUUUGUAAGUUAUGAAUGUAUGGAAUAAAAUAUGUUUACGUUUAUUUGUCUGCUUAAUUUUUAUGACAAACAUACUUUAUAAAUAGUUUCUGAACGAUUGUGCUGUAUUCGGUGUCUAUAAAUUUACCCGUGGUGAUGGGUGACAGAUUAUAUUUAAGAUUUAGUUUUUGUUUAAUUAUUUUUUUUUUUAAAGAAAAAGAGAAAGAAUAAGGCUCAUUUAUUAUUUCAUUAAAAGUAAUUUGCAUAUCGCAGAUUUAUUAUUUGUGAGAUCCAACAGGAUCUAUUGCCAUCAAAUUGAGAAUAAAGUCGAUUUCAAUGAA